CUUGUGGGGCCGCCGCGGGCCGGAGCUGGGCGCGGGGAGAAGCGCUAUCCCGAGCCCCGCCGAGUGGAGGGACCCGCCUAGUGGCCUGGUUACUCUCUCUUAAUUGCGAAGGGCCCGAGGUGUCCACGCGGCAGGGACGGCCCGCCGGGGAGCCGGACACCCCGAGGCCCAGCUCAACGCUAACAGUGCCCAGAGUGCAGCUGUAAUGGCACAAGAGCUCCGGAAGACAGCGGAGAGGCUGCAGGCUCAGCUGGAGGCUCUGAAAGGCUCCUCAGACCCCGAGACACUGGAAUUCCUGCAGGCCCUAGAAGCGCCCAUUAGAAUCACCAGCCGCGUGCUCACUGAGAACCAGAGGCUACGGCAGGAGUUGGAGGAGUUGAAGGGCAGGUUGGCAGCCCCACCACCCCUGGAACCAGCCAGCCAGCCUCCAGCUCCCUGGGCAUCAUCCCCCUGGACCUCCCAGACAUCGCCCCCAUGGGCCACCCGGAGCACAGCCUUGCCCCUGCAGGUCCGUGUGAGGGGGAAGACGGCUGGCUGCGAGAGGCAGUUCUUGGACCAGGUGACCCAGCUCCUCGUGGCCCAGGGCAUCUCCCUGCAGGCCGGGGAGUACGAGCCACACUCCAGCCACCCGCUGCUGCUCUUCUGUCCGAUCUCAUCCCGCUCAGGCACAGACAUCAGCAACGCCCUGGAGGGGAUCCCCGCGGCGAGGAAGAUGAUCCUGGUGGUGCUGCAUCACCAGCCCAACGAGCAGGCCGAGCUCUACGCCAGCAGCAGGCGUGAGGUCCAGCACCCGGGGCUCCUACACACGGUGGACGGCUGCUUCUCCACCCAUUCCGGCUUCUACCAGUGCCGGGCCAACACUGCUGCCGUGGCCUCUGUGUCUGCUGCCCUCCAGCAACUGGCCCUAGCCGGCCACUAGGGGCACCCCCUGCAGGAGGCAGCAGGAUCUGUGAGCUGGGACGUGGCAUGUCCGUGGGGCUGUUACACCCUGGUGACUGUACUGUCCUGACCAGUCCUAGCUGGGACUGCCUGGGGGGGCCAGUGCUGUAGCAUGUUGGACUGUUACCUGUGGGAAUGGUCUUCUCUGGGCUGGAGCUGUUCCUACCAACCUCUG